AUGAGCUUCCAAACACUCGCAGAAAAGGUCGCCUUCUUCGAGGUGCUGGACGCCCUCAGUGAGGCCAUCAGUGAUGAUGAGAGAUUCGACACCCAGGAACAAGAACAUCGCGCAAGAAGCAAAGCCUUCUUCAGUUCCUCCAAGACGAAGCCAAAGCCAAAGUCAAAACCAAAGAUCCCAACAAUUCCUCAGACACAGCCGCCGGCAGCGACACUUUCGACUCCACUCGCCAAAACAUCAUCAUCGCGGGCCGACAUCAUCAAAGCCACCCCAGGAACGCAGAAUCUCCGAAAAACUGCCCUCAAAAACACAAGAGACACACCCAAUGUCUCAGAUACUUCCCUUGUCGUAACAGAAACACCACAUCCAAGCACAAGCUCUGCUCGGCCGGCUCCCCCGUUGCUGCAGAAAAGUGCGACGUCGCCCAUACCGUCAACUGCAAGACUGGUUUCAUCACCUCAUCAACAAUCUCCGUCAGGCACAUCUUCGACGAGGAAACGAAAACGCCAAGCCGAGGCAAAAGCUGUACCGGAAACAGACCAGAUAUUCCGCACUCUCAUGUUCUUCUACAUUCCCAACGACAACGUUGCCCCUGCCCGACGACUGCGCAUUGCCAGAGCCCAGCAAUAUGGGGCCAAGUGGGUUCGCUCUCUGAAAGAAGCUACUCAUGUCAUUGUCGAUAAGCGUCUGGCCUAUCAUGAUAUUCAGAGUGUUCUAGAAGCUGCCCCUACAACAUCUGCUCCAGUCAUUGUCAACGAAGAUUAUCCCAUAGACUGUAUUCAGUUCCGCACAAUCCUCAACGCGGACCAGGCUCGCUAUCACAUCGCAGGUCGACCUCAUCCAGCUUCACCGACACUAAUUGCGCAGGCAACAGAUACCCAUGCACCAUCCCAAAUUUCCAAUCGGUCACUACAGGUCAAGGUCUCGACAGCAAAAAGGAGAAAGCAGGUCCCUAGUUCGCAAGAUAAAACCCAGUCACAAAGCGAGGAAUCAGUCCCUUUGGCCAAGUCCAUUGACGUACAAGAGAAGGGCGCUAAACCUGUGGCUGAGGAGCAAAUAGUUGAAGAUUUGGCGGAUGAUGAUUACAUACCAGAACCGAGGCCACCCAUCAUCCCAAACCUACUUUCUGAUGGUCCUCGCUUAACAAGUAGUCUGCCAAAAAUAUCACCUCAUCGUCAAGACGAUUCUCCGGAAGAUGACCCGAAAGACGAGCUUUCGGGAUGUAUUGAACUCCUACAACAGUAUAAAGACCUUCCCUUGGAUGGUCCUCUAGAGGAUGAUGCUCAGUCAGUCAUCUCCUGCCAGGAGGAGCUCAUAUCUGAAUCCGAAAUAGAGGAGGACUCCCCAGAUGAACGCACCCAACAGCGCCGCUCACAACGAACACGUCGACCCACCCAGAAAAGAAUCGCAUCUGAAGAUCGGUUUGCCUGUAACAAGGGUGGGACUAAGGACAAAGCCGCUGAAGCCCAAAACCCCAAUGCCAGGACAAUCGAGGUUCUCCAAUCAAUGUGCGACUACUACAGCCGAGUUUCUGAUCAGUGGCGCACUACUGCCUACCGUAAAGCAAUUGCUACUCUCAAGCGUCAGAAUACUAGAAUUACCACGGCAGAGGAAGCGUACCAUCUCCCCAGCAUUGGGAAGAGACUGGCUGAAAAGAUCGAAGAAAUCGUCACAACUGAUUCGCUUCGGCGCCUUGAGUACGCCCAAGCCUCAUCACUAGACCAUGUUCUCGCAACGUUCCUCAAGAUCUACGAUGUUGGGAACGGCCGCGCCAAUAAGUGGAUUUCUCAGGGCUUCAGGACGUUGGAUGACUUGAAGCAGAAAGCAAAUUUGACGCCCAAUCAACGGAUUGGUGUCGACCACUACGAAGACCUGAACACGCGCAUUCCGAGAAGCGAGGUAACUGCCAUUGGCGACUACAUCAAGAAAGAGGCAGCACAGAUUGAUCCAGCUGUCGAGUUGCUCAUUGGGGGUAGUUAUCGGCGUGGAGCGGAGAGCUCGAGGGAUGUGGAUUUCAUCAUCACCAAGAAAAACACUACCUCGUCAGCCGACUUGGUUCCCUUCUUCGAGCGGCUGCUCAAGGUCCUGACGGACAAGGGCUGUGUGGUUGCUACUUUAUCGGCUCUACAUGCGAACCGGAAAGGGAAGGAUGGACCAGGCAAUUUUCUGCUUGUCCCCGAAACCGAGUACGGCGCCGCAUUGAUCUACUUUACUGGGAACGAUAUCUUCAACCGGAGUAUGCGUCUCCUUGCAUCAAAGAAGGGGAUGCGGUUGAACCAGAGGGGUUUGUACAAGGAGGUUAUGAGGGGACGUGGCAGAGUGAAGGUCACAGAGGGACAAUUGGUCGAGGGCAGAGAUGAGAGAAGAAUUUUUGAGAUCCUUGGGGUCAAGUGGCGCGAACCAGAGGAAAGAUGGUGUUAA